UCUUAGUAUUUUUUUUUUUAAUUUCUUUUUCUCUCUAAUUAGGGAAGAUGGACAUAAUUAAUAAACUAGUACAGUGUAUAAUACAAGUGUAACUACACCUUCUUUUAUUAUUUAAUUAAUAAUUAGUCAGUUAUUGGCAUUUCUCUUAACUCUUGACAGUAGAAACGGUUCAUGGCAACCGCAGUUCUGUGCUUUAGCCAGCUUUAGUUUUCAGAGUUGCAGGAAAUAAGUGGGAAAAAAAAAGAGGGAUUUUUUUAAAUUAAAUUUUUAUUCUAAAAAGAUUGCUUGGUUUUUGGGUUUCUGUAGAUUAAAUUAUAUUCUUAUUGCUUAAAAAUUACUGCUAUUUUCUGGGUGAGAAGUGAUUUUGCUUAAAAUCACAAAUUUGGUGAUUUUUUUUUUUUUUUGUUCUUGGUUUUAUGGGUUGUUUAAUUUUCUAUGAUUAAAAAGCUUAAAAUUCAGAGAUUUGAAUUUUAUACUACUUCAUGGGAUGGGGUUGAUGCUUCAAGUUACUUGGCAAUUGAUGAAUCUAUUCAUCAUUGCUGUAGCUAUUCUUGUUCCAGGAUCUCCAGGUUUUGGUGAACCUCUGUCACUGGAGUCCUCAUCUCCAAUUCCUUCCAUAGAAACACAAGUGCCUAAUUUCAUACUUGAACAAGAGCCACUGCAAAAUGGUUUGAUCGUUCAGCCUCCCAUUUCAUCUCCAUCAAUCAAUUCUCCUCCAGUUUAUCAGUUAAUCCAAGGGCCACCACCCUUCCCGACACCAAGACAAUCAAAUACACUGCCACCACAGCAUGGCUUCCAUGGUUCCACACCAACAUCAUCUGAGGAAUCACCAAGCUAUUCAGCUUUUCCAUCUGCAAAGGCUCCACAAGAAUCCACGUCACCACCUGCGGCCCAGCAAUCAAAUGAUUUGGCACCAUCUUUACAAGCUGCUAAACCACCACAUUAUACAACUCAACCAGCUAGUGAUGAGCCAUCAUAUGAUUCAAUUAUGAUUCCGUCUGUUGAGCCACCACGUGCUUUAGCAGUUCCACCGACUGCAAAGCCGCCAGUAGUCAUACCUCAAGUGUCAAGUACUAUAUCACCACCAGAGCCUUUCCCAUUGGCAUCUCCUUCACCACAUAUGGAAGUUUCACAGCAUAAUACAACCAUGCAAUCCCUUCCUAUUCCUCCGAUACCGGAAUCUGAGGCCCCAAUUAUUUCAACAUCACCAUCUGUUUUGGUUCCACAAGCUGCAAAGCCCUUAGAUCUUAAGCCCCCAUUGCCAGCUGCGGAGCCACCAUAUGCGUCAGCUAUUCCACUAGCAGCAAAGCCACCGGUGGCCGUAUCUCGGCAGCCAACUUCUCAACCACCAGAGGCUCUAGCAUCUCCUUCACCACCACGGGAAGUUUCACAACAUAAUUCAACCAUGCAGUCACCUCCUAUGUCUGGAGCUGAUGCUCCAGUUGUAUCAACUCCACCGACUGUAUUGGCCCCUUCACAUGCUUCAUCUCAGCCACUAGAUGCUAGGCCUCCUCAAAGUAAGCCAAUAGAUUUUAAGCCCCCGUUGCCUAUUGCAGAAACACCACAUGCAAAGUCACCUGGGAUCUUACCUCAAUUGCCAAGUGCUGAACCACCAAAGGCGUUACCUCAAGCAUUUCCUUCGCCACCACCAAAAUUCUCGCAACAUUCUUCGACCAUGCAGUCCCCUCCUAUUCCUACCGAGACCCCAGUAAAUUUAACUCCCCCGACUGUUAUGGCCCCAUCACAUGCUUCUUCUCAUCCAUUAGUUGCAAAACCUCCUCAUAGUUCGGAUCUUCCAUUUGUUGCUAAGCCCCCAUUGUCUGUUGCCGAACCACCGCAUGCUUCAUCGGCAAAGCCUCCACUGGUCAUACCUCAAUUGCCUUCUGCUCAACCACCAGAAGUAUUACCUCACAUUCCUGUUGCUGAGGCCCCACCUAACUCAACUUCACCUGCUAUUUUGGCCCCGACACAUGCAUUAGCUCAACCACCACGAGCUGCUAAACCUUCUCAUAUUCCGGCUCUUCCACUGGCCGCAAACCCACCGUUUCCCGAGCCCCCAUUGCCUACAAAGCCACCACAAGGAUUGAAUUUGACACCUCCCCCAAAGGCAUCGCCAAUUUUACCUUUGCUACACCCUACAAUGCCACCACAUCCUUUAGAUACGCAGUCUCCUCCACCUGAGUUAGGCAUGCCAAAUGCAUCAUCUCCUCCGCCUCAGUUGAGCAUGCCGAAUAAAUCAUCUCCUAUGCCUCAACCAGUGCCACCUCAUCAAUCAUCUCCCUCUCCACAAUCGGUUUCACCAUAUACGAUGUCUCCCCCACCACAGUUGGUCUUGCCGCAUGCUCCUCCCCCAACUUCUACCGUGCCUUCAAAUGCUUCUCUUCCUCCUUCAAUGGCGCCUCCUACCUUGGACCCUCCACCAACUUUAGCUUCACCUUCUCCUCUUCCAUCAAAUGUUCUAUCUCCUCCGCCUCAACAUGUGCCCCCAAUUCUAUCUUCUCCUCCCCCUCAACUGAUCCCUCCAAUUGCAUCUUCUCCUCUUCCUCAACUGAUCCCUCCACCUGCCUCUCCUCCAACGUCUGCAUUCCCUUCAAAUGCUUCAGUACCACCGUCUUCUGUGAUGCCUCCACCAGAUUUACCUUUACCACCCCCAGCUGUUCCGCCCCAUUCUUCUGCUAUGCCAUCACAUGCAUCAGCUCCACUACCUCAAUUGGCCCCACCUCAUCCCUCACCACCUCCCUAUGUUUUGCCUGCACCACCACCGUUAGAGUUACCUCACAUCUCCCCUCCACGUUCGUCCAUUGUACCUGGAGAAGUUCCACCAAAUGCUUCUCCUCCAUCCCCUUUCUUGACCCCUCUGUCUCCAGCUUCUCCUGCAAACCCGUCGCAACCUUUAUCUGCUCCUCCAUCUUCAGAGCCAUUACAUUCCUCUGUUCCACCUUCUCCAGUAAGGCAACAAACUGUUCCCACUGCACCCCCUCAAUCUUCUCAAAGAAAAGAAACACCGGAUAUGGCUCCUCCACCAUCACUAGCUUCUCCAGAGCGAUCACCUUCUCCAAGAACAUUGCCAGAAGGUGCGCCACCUGGCCCCGAAGUUACUCCUAGAUCCCUUCCCCCGAGUUCUCAUCAAUCAGAAGCACCAAAGCAUGCUCCCAUCUCAAGACCAAAUGUUUCAGAACCCAAUACAUCCCCAUUAUCUGCUCCACCUCCAAGCAAUAACCCUGUUAGUGGUAGAUCUUCACCAAUGGCACCUCCAGGUAGAGCACCAAAUCAAUCACCAGAGGACAAGUUUUCACCACAUCAUGCUCCGUCAAAACCUAAAUUUGAGAGACACAAUGCAAAUGCUCCCGCCCCAUUCUCAUUCAAAGUGCCUCCUGCAAAUAACGGAUCUCAUCAUUCACUACAUCAUUCUCCAGUUACAGGAUCUCCAACAGCUAUGGGCCCUUUACCAUCUCCUCCAGGAAUUCCUGAAAUUACUCCUGCGCCUUCACCCCUCCAGAGGGCAUCGCCUGGUAAUUCUGGAAUUCCCUUUCUCUCUCCUAAAAUUUCUCCUUCUGGGUCUUCAACAAGGAAAACAAAGAGACCACUUGCACCACCAAUUUGGUCAUUACCGCCUCCACCACCCAACGCAGAUUGUGCAUACCUUACAUGCCCCGAGCCUUUUACAAAUACGCCUCCUGGAUCACCCUGUGGUUGUGUCUGGCCGAUGCAAGUUGGGCUGCGCCUUAGUGUGCCUUUGUAUACAUUUUUCCCUUUGGUAUCAGAGUUGUCCAGGGAAAUUGCAGCUGGGGUAUUUAUGAAACAAAGUCAAGUUCGCGUAAUGGGAGCCAAUGCAGCAAGCCAGGAAUCAGAUAAAACUAUUGCCCUAGUCGACUUGGUACCCCUUGAUGAAAAAUUUGACAAUGUUACAGCAUUGUUGACAUUUCAGAGGUUCUGGCACAAGCAGGUCAUCAUAGACAAGUCCAUAUUUGGUGAUUAUGACGUGCUGUAUGUACGCUAUCCAGGUCUCCCUGCAUCUCCACCUAUGGCUCCUGCUGACAUUGCGGUUAUUAAUGGCAUGCCUUACUCUGUUCGAGACCCUAAUCAGAAUAGUGUGCAUCCUCUGGGAGUUGAUGUGACAAAGCAGAAGCAUAAAAAAAAACUUAGUGGCAUUGUUAUUGCUGCUAUAAUUUUUUCAGCAAUUGUUUGUGUGUUGAUCUGCUGUUCUGUUGCUUGGGUUCUGCUAUUCAGACAUAUGAACCGUGAUCCUGAACCAGUACAAAUUGCACGUGGUCUACCUUCACUUGGAAGAUCAUCAGGGCCUACAGGAAAUUCAAUUGGGAGUGGUCCAAGCUCUUCAUUGUCAAUUGGAUCUAACCUUGCGGCAUACACUGGAUCAGCUAAGACUUUCAAUGCAAGUGAGAUAGAAAAGGCCACUGAUGGCUUCAGUCCUUCAAGAAUAGUCGGGGAAGGUGGUUUUGGUCUUGUAUAUGGUGGUGUUCUGGAAGAUGAAACUAGUGUUGCUGUAAAGGUUCUCAAGAGAGAUGAUCAGCAGGGUGGUCGGGAAUUCUUGGCUGAAGUUGAAAUGCUUAGCCGUCUUCAUCACAGGAAUUUGGUCAAGUUAAUUGGCAUUUGUACCGAUGAGCACUUACGUUGCUUAAUUUAUGAACUUAUUCCAAAUGGCAGUGUGGAGUCUCAUCUACAUGGGACAGAUAAAGAAACCGCUCCUCUUGAUUGGGCUUCUCGGAUGAAGAUAGCACUGGGUGCUGCACGUGGUCUUGCCUAUUUGCAUGAGGAUUCCAGUCCUCGAGUCAUUCAUAGAGAUUUCAAGUCCAGCAACAUUUUGUUGGAGAAUGAUUUCACACCAAAAGUCUCAGACUUUGGCUUAGCUCGUUCUGCUAUGGAUGGAGACAAUCAACACAUCUCUACACGUGUAAUGGGAACUUUUGGGUAUGUUGCUCCAGAGUACGCUAUGACAGGACACCUUCUUGUAAAGAGUGACGUCUACAGCUAUGGAGUUGUUCUUCUUGAGCUUUUAACUGGAAGAAAGCCAGUAGAUAUGACACAACCACCUGGCCAAGAAAACCUAGCUGCUUGGACAAGGCCAUUCCUCACUACUAAAGAAGGAAUAGAAUUGAUCCUUGACCCCUCCUUAGGGUCUGAUGUAUCUUUAGAUAGUGCGGCGAAAGUUGCUGCUAUUGCCUCAAUGUGUGUGCAAUCUGAGGUGUCUCACCGUCCUUUUAUGGGUGAGGUUGUACAGGCAUUGAAGCUAGUGUGUGAUGAGUGUGAUGACUCCAGGGAUGGCAACUCUAGACAUGGCAGCCAUGAAAACUUAUCGGUGGAUUACGAUGAUAAAGCAAGCCCAGUCUCAGAGGCACCUGAUUACUUACCAACUCAAUUCUCUCUCCAAAACUAUCAAUCUGCAUUAGAUGUUGAGAAGGGUAUGUCAAUGUCCGAAAAUUUCAAUGCAUCAGCAAGGACGUAUAGGCAGACAUCAGAUUCUUUUCAAAGACACUCUGCAUCAGGUCCUUUAAAAACAACAAGGGGCCGGAAUUUUUGGCAGAAAAUGAGGCUGUCUAAUGGAAGUGCAAGUGAGCACGGUAUUAUGUAUAGGUUAUGGGCAGGGUCACACUGAGUGUUCAGAAACUUCUUUUUUAGUUUUUAGUUUAGUGCUUGCUUCUCAUUUUUUUCAAGGUAAUUAGGCAUUUUGUUUUCUUUUAUGUUAAUAUCUUACGGAAUACGGAUAGACGGAAGUGGGAUGAAUGUUCGAGGACAUAUUUGGAGGUCUUGUUUAUAAGUUUACGCCAAGGAUGGAGGUUAGAAGAAUGAGUACUAGCUUGAUUAUCUGGUGUUGAGGUAAAGGCAUUCAUCUGUUUAUUGAAAUGUAUAGAAGAUUUUGUAACAAUGUUAAAUGUAGAUUUUUGGGGCAGUUUCAACUGAAAUAUAACUGUUAAAUGUAAAGCUGGUUUCAACGUAUUAUUACAAAAAUCACAAUAAUAAAGGAAAUCUCUCCUCUCCA